CCAUUGAAUUAACUAUUCAAUGACUUUAUUCAUUCAAUAGCAUAGAUUACAAAAAUAUGACAGAUUGCAUAAAAUUAACUUAUUUGUGCUCUCCAUUAUACGCGUAAAGUGUUAGCUUAAUAAUAAAUUGAUGGAAGCCAUAAUAUUAAUUGUCAUGUGAAUAGCCCACUUGAACCACUUACGACUUUCAUUCGUACGACACGAAACAAAAUGUCGGCACAUUCAAUGGAGCUGGCGCACUUCACAGUCGUGGACUACGUCAUAUUCAGUGUGAUGCUUGCGGCGUCACUUGCCAUUGGAGUUUACCAUGGAGUCAAAGGCAAUAAAAACACAGAGGAUUUCCUGCUGGCAAGUCGGUCGCUGUCGCCGUGGCCUGUAGCGCUCUCGCUCAUCGCUUCGUUCAUUUCUUCAAUCUCUAUACUGGGCUACGUCGCCGAGGCCUACGGUCACGGUCUGCAGCUUUACUGGAUGGUCCCUGGCAUCGUGGUGGCCAUGUUGGGCACAACGUUCGUUGUCCUGCNUUGCUCAGUGUAG